GUUUAUAUAUCCUCUUCAGCAGCCACCUAUCUUGUUACUAAUAAUUUAAGCUGUCUAUAUAGUAUCUCUCUUUCUGCUAUUAUUUGAUCAUCAUCAUCAUCUCAUUCCCCAAAUCUCUCACCACCCUGUUUUAUUACCACACUCUUCUGCUUCACUCAAACCUUCCACAAACCUCUUCUUUUUAAUACUCCAAAUCCAUAAGUUGUUGCUCAAUAUGCUGGGAAAUUCAGUAAAUUUGAGCACAUUUUGGGGAAAUUUAUGAGAUUUGCUCACUAUCGAUUGUAGUUUAGUCUCUUAAUUGGCUUUAUGCUAAACUAAAGUGUUUAUAAAUUACUAUAAUUCUCAGAAAAAACAGGUAAUACAGCAAACAAGAAGAAAAUCUGAAAUUGAAUCGUCCAAUCGAAAAUGAGGAAGAUACCUUCUAUAGGAGCAAGAGCAGCAAUGGCGGUUGCGGAAUUCGAUUCACAAUCACACUCACACAUAUCCCCACCGCCGCCGCCUGUAUCGCAUCCGGAAAGAUGCGACGCCAAAAAUUGCCCGUGGUGGCCGUACUCGAGCUCCAAGGAAUUCAAGGCGAACACGGCGCUGAUCAUCGCCGUCCUCUUCUGCGCGCUGGCGUUCAACGCCGGCAUCCGCUACAUCGUGCGCCUGUAUUGCGGAGAACGGGGCAGCGGCGCGAAGGAAGAGAUUCGAGGUCUGAGCUACGCGGAGGGGAUGAAGCUGGGCGGGGAGGAGACGGAGUGCAUUAUCUGUUUGGGUGAUUUCGCGGUAGGGGAGAAGAUCAGAGUUCUCGAUAAAUUUAAGCAUGGAUUCCACCUCAAUUGCAUUCAGAGAUGGCUCAUUUCGCACUCCUCCGUAUGCCUGCACAAACCGAACCGAACCGCCGGUUCACAAACCGGAACCGGAACCGGAACCAGCGCCGGCGGUUCGAACGGGAUGGCAGUUCGGCGGUUCAAGCGGGCCGGUUCUGGUUCAAAAAAAGCGUAAACCGUAACCGGCGGUUAAAACCGCCUGUUCGCCGGUUUGAACAAGCGGCUCAGCGGUUGCAACGGUAGGAUUCCGGCUAGGGCGUAGUUUUCAGGCUAGGUGUACAGAAAAACAAGCGGUUCAACACCCUUUUCAGGUGGUAGCGUAUAGGUGGCAGUGUAUAGGCCUGAAAAUCGGUCAGAAACCGCCUGUUUUCGGCCAGAAACCGGCGGUUUCCAUCAGAAACCGUGGACUGAACCGCCGGUU